AUGUUAAACAGCAGCACAGAGGAGGUGACACCAGGUGGUGACACCCCAGAUUGUGGACAGAUCUACGGGGUGUCCUCGACGGACAGAAGCGGAUUGAAUGAAAGCACUUCAUCUGGUUCUUCACACCACAGUUUAGUUGGAGGAAGUACAAGUUCCAGCGAUAAACCCUCAGGUGAUGCUAUAGACAGCUAGAGUUGUUUAAGCUAACAUUAGCAUCUUUGAACUAUCAAGCAGAGUUUAAACCUCAAAAUAUAAGCUCCAGUAUAAAACAAAGACGUUUUCUUUGAAAAACUUUCAGGACUUUGAAUUUGAUUUCAUAGCAGAAGGACUAGUGUGAUGACAUCCCUGUGUUUUCAGAGGACAGUGCAGUCACGUCUCCUUUAAAUUUACAGGUCAGCUUCCUCAGAGCUUCAGGUUUGGCUGGACAAAUCCAUCCAUCCUUGCAUCUACUUCAGACAGCUGCAGUCAUGGAGGAACACCAAAUCUCAGAAGGACCUUGGGCUCAUACCCUGCCCCGACACCAGUUACUGAUCAAACUGGUACUUAAUGCCUUUUUAUUCCUCUAAGAAGUUAUAAAUGUGGUUUGAAGUUGCAUUUUAAAUUUUGAGUCUUCUGUUUUCACAGCAACAACUUCAUCCUCCACGACCUCAACCUCUGGGGCCUCAGUGAUUGUGGCCGUGGUUGAAGGGCGUGGACUGGCUAGGGGAGAAAUAGGGAUGGCGAGCCUCAACUUAAAAUGUCCGGAGCUUGUGCUUUCCCAGUUUGCAGACACUGGAACAUAUACCAAGGUAUCCCAUACAUUGUCUAAAGCUUUUGAUAAUUGAUUAUGUGUAGUUGUGACUCUUAAUAACAGUUAUAUGUUCAAUAAUAGAGGGUUCUCUUAUCUUGGUCACAUUUUCUUUCCCUGAAGGUUAUAACCAAGAUUCAUAUCUUGGCGCCACUGGAAAUACUUAUGCCAGACACAGCCAGUGAGAAAGGGAAAGGAACAAAGCUGUUCAACCUCAUCACAGAAAACUUUUCGGUACAAAAAAAAAAAAAGUGAAUUCAAACCAGCACUCACUUUUAAGGCUGAAAGUGACAGUAUAUGGUCAUUAUGUGUCCUGCCAACUGUUUUCAUGUUAUAUCAGCAUUUGACUGCAUUUUUCAAGGGAGUUGCUUUCACUGCUGUCCAAAGGAAGUAUUUUAAUGAAAGGAAAGGACUGGAGUACAUUCAGCAGCUUUGUGCUCCAGAGUUUGGCACUGUUCUCAUGGAAGUGCAAGCUAAGUAUGCCACUGAGGACAUAAAUGAAUAGGCAAAGCUGUACUGUAUGUUACAAAUUUUAUGCAACCACAUGUCAUGCCUUGUUUAGGUAUUAUUGCCUGGCAGCAGCAGCUGCUUUGCUGAAAUAUUUAGAGUUCAUUCAGAACUCUGUCUACGCUGCCAAGUCCCUCAAAGUGAGCUUUAAAGGGAGUGAACAGACAGCAAUGAUCGACUCAGCAUCUGCCACCAACUUGGAAUUGGUUGUCAAUAACAGAGACCACAGGUAAAAGAUGCAAGACUGUUACAUCCAUCAUGUCAUGUGUAUGCUUGAAUUAACCCAUUGGUAAUUCUUAUGUUUGUAUUGGCUUAUUAAUGCAUAGGAGUGAACACAGUCUAUUCGGGGUUCUUAACCACACCAAAACGCCAGGUGGUGCCAGAAGGUUGCGCUCGAAUAUUCUUGAGCCUCUUGUUGAUGUCGACACCAUCAAUAUACGCUUAGACACUAUACAAGAGCUACUGCAAGAUGAGGAGCUCUUCUUUGGUCUCAAGAAUUGUAAGAAUCAAGCAACAAGCAUGAUAUUAACAUGUUAAAAAUGAAGUUGUGACACAGUAUUAAAUUAUUCAAUCUUUUGUACUCCUCAGCCAUUGGUCCUUUCCUUGACAUUGACCAGCUGCUCUCUGUUCUUGUCCAAGUCCCAAAGAAGGAAACUGUAUGUACAAUGCUUUUUGUUCUACAAGACAAUGUUAUUGCUGUCUUAAAAAAUCCAACUAUGAAAUCUCAAUUUGUGUGUGUAGUCAGAACUCUUCUCAAUCUUAGUACCAAAAACUUUCCAGUGUGAAAUACUGUACCCUUUAACAUUAAGGUGCUAUAUUUUUUACAGGUUCAAGUUGCCGAGGCAAAAAUUACGCAUGUCAUUCAGCUGAAGCACACACUGGAUCUGGUGCCAAGGCUUAGAGUCUGUAUCUGUUUGAGUACAUGAAAUCAGAUGAAUUUGUCCUGCAGUUAUUAACAGAUCAUAAAGUAUUUAGCCAUUUUUACAGCAUUCAAGAAAUGAAUCCUUUGUACUCUGUGUGGACAGAUGGUGUUGAAGAACUGCAAAACAGCUUUGCUGAAAGCGUACAGUACCUCACUUGAAGACAACAGGUAAAAACUACGCCUCUGUGUGAUGUAAAUUCACAAUCAUGUAGUGUUUACUGACUUCAUCUGCUAUAUUUGUGCUAAUCUCAGGUUUGACAUGAUUUUGGAGCAGAUCAAAACAGUGAUUAAUGAUGAUACUACCUACCUGAAAGGGAGCCUGAACAUGCGCACUCAGAAGUGUUAUGCUGUCCGCCCGAACAUCAAUGAGUUUCUUGACAUAGCGCGCCGAGCAUACACUGAGAUAGUGGACGACAUUGCAGGUGUAUCUCCUGAGAUUUCUUUUUGUGUCUUUGGUUUUUAAUGUUUGCACACAGUAACUCCAUGAUAUUGUGUUGCACAGCGUUAGUGAACCAGAUGGCAGAGAAAUACGGCUGGCCAAUGCGCACCAGCUUCAGCACAGCUCGAGGUUUCUUCAUCCAGAUGAAGCUUGAAGGAGUGAUGCUGCCAGAGGGGAAACUCCCUGCAGAGUUUAUCAAGGUUUAGCCCUUAUAAAUAGUGAGAGAUGCAGACUGUUUAAGAAUAAUGUGACGGACAACCUUACAAAAAGUUUCUGUGUAAAAAUAAGCUUUUUUUAUAUGUUUCAGUAAAGUUUGAAUAUUGAAUGAAUUGAAAAGGUUGGUUUCAUUUUCUGCCACCUUUAAGGUCACCAAGCACAAGAGCAACUAUAGCUUCACUACUGCUGACCUGAUGAAGAUGAACGACCGGUGUGACGAGGCCCUGAGGGAGAUUUUUCACAUGUCAUAUGUGUGAGGAGCACCAUCUUUUCAUUAAACAACAUGGGCAUCCCUGGAUUAAAGGCUACACAAAUAGUAUCUCAUCUCACCGUAACAGCCAAUUAGUCAGCUAAUUUCUUAAAAGGGGGCACUGCAAGUCAGCAUUUCUCUCUCUCAGCAAGUUUGCAUGUUCUAAAUGGCUGAAUCAGCUCUGUUUAUUUUAUACUUAUUUUUAUCCACUAGAGGGUGCUGUUUACUUGUUACUCUUUUCCUCCAGUGCUCUGCCCCUUCACCAUCUAUCUUGUCUCCAUACAGGGUGAUAUGUCAACUGCUGAGCAUCAUCCACCAGCACAUCCACUGCCUCUACAAGCUCUCUGAUGCUGUAUCCAUGCUGGACAUGUUGCUAUCAUUGGCUAAUGCAUGCACUACCCCAGACUACGGUGAGCAUGAUCUGCUGUUAGACACACAUUACUCAUAAUCUAGUCUGAUGUUGUCAAAGGGAGUGUUAUAUACUCAUAAGGCAGCACCCAGCUAGUCAUCAGACGUGAUGACAGCCAGAAAGUGUUACACUGAGGCCUCACUUUCUUGUCUGCAUGGGUCGUAGGCAGCACCAGCCACAUGGGUGGUGAGCGCUGCCCCCCAGCUGUCUGAAAGUGUAGCUCCAUAUACAUGUGCUGAGUGUCUGCCCCCUUCUAUCCCCGCCAGCUUGUACUCAGAUUACCCUUGUUACAUAAGUGUGCACUAGUGCGCUGUAUUUACUGAGACAAAUCUCCCCAGCAGAGGAGUUAGCUCGCUGUAACCACUGUGCUCACACACCUCUCUCAAAAAUCUGUUUUAUUACGCUGUUAUGACACACCUUUUUACCAAUCAACCAGCUAUUAAAUAUGCAGGAACUGAUUAAUUGAGAUGAAAUAAUAUACUUUGCUUUUGAUGUGAAAUAUGAAAAACAUUGCAAACACACAAGAUAGGGGAAAAGAAGCAAAUUACAAAGACAUAAAGGCAUUACUUUGUGUUGUCCUCUCCCCCUCCUGCUGGGUCUGCCAGUGCGUCCAGAGUUCACAGACACGUUAGCCGUCAAGCAGGGACGUCACCCCAUUCUGGAGAAAAUAGCUGGGCAGCAGCCUGUGGCAAACGACAGCUACAUUUCCGAGGGGAGCAACUUUGUCAUCAUCACUGGACCCAACAUGAGCGGCAAAUCCACCUACCUCAAACAGGUGGCACUGUGUCAGAUCAUGGCCCAGAUAGGUCAGAGACAAUCCGUUCAGCCUCAUAUGUUGCUAUGAUUUUAUUAGACUUGAUUUCUGACCCUUGCAUUGUAACUCCAGGCUCUUUUGUCCCAGCUGAGUACGCCUCGUUCCGUGUUGCUGAUCAGAUCUUCACGAGAAUUGGUGUGGACGAUGAUUUUGAAACUAAUAGCUCCACUUUCAUGCUGGAGAUGAAGGAGGUAUGAGCUUUUGUACUCUUACAUUAGAGCAGUGGUUCUCAAUCCAGUCCUCGAGCCCCCCCUGUCGUGCAUGUUUUGGAUGUUUCCCUGCUCCAACACACCUGAUUCAAAUGAUCAGCUCGUUAUCAAGCUCUGUAAUGGCUUAAUAACGAGCUAAUCAUUUGAAUCAGGUGUGCUGGAGCAGGGAAACAUCCAAAACAUGCAGGACAGGGGGGGGCUCGAGGACUGGAUUGAGAACCUCUGCAUUAGAGCCACACAUGUUCCUUGACUAUGUUUAUGAGACGGAUAAUAGUCAUGUAGUUACCAGUGACUCCUUUUUCCUUAUUUCCUAAAGAUUGCCUACAUAACUCACAAUGUCAGUGACUCGUCCCUGAUCAUCAUAGAUGAGUUGGGGCGUGGUACCAGUGCUGAGGAAGGCAUUGGCAUCUGUCACUCGGUCUGUGAGUUCCUCCUUAGCCGCAAGGUAGAGUGUACACCUUUACAGCCCUGCACUUGACUCCUGUUCCUCACAUUGAAAACCAGAUGAAUUGCAUUCUUUUUCUUGAUAAUUUAACUUACUGUUGUCUGCUGUUGUACUUCACUUAGGAAGGUUGUAAACCAAACAGGAAUAACAUGUAUUUAGUAUUGUUUUAAUAGUUAAGGUGUGUGCUGUUUUCCUAACAUUUGCAGGCGUUCACCUUGUUUGCCACACAUUUUCUUGAGCUGUGUCAGUUAGAGGCUCUUUAUCCCAAUGUGGAGAACCAGCACAUGGAGGUUCAGCACACACGUUGCAGAGACACUGGUGCUGAAAGUGUGGUGUAUACAUUCCUGCUGAAGCGAGGAUGCUCUGAAGAGAGACACUACGGUAGAGAGUGAAUGAAAUCUAGUCAGACAUAGCUGGAAUUGAGCAUAUAGAUGGUUUUAAAGCUUGCUGUCUCUCCCUCUCUCUCUUUAAAGGACUGAGAGCAGCAGAAAUGACUGCGCUUCCCCCAGACAUUAUUCAAGAAGCUAAAACAAUUGCCUCUAAGGUCAACCAGCAGCUUUUGGUAUGGUUUAUAAUGAUCAUUCUUAUAGAAAACAGUUGUAGCACUCAGUAUAAGAGAGUCAUGCAUUGCAAUGGCUUCUUUUGCCAGAUAAUUAAUCCUAGCAUAAAUCAGAGUAAGAUUCACAUCAGUUUUUUUUUGUGCUUUAGGCCAAACAUCAGAGUGAUCCAGAGACACUGAGGCAGAGAGCUGAGUACCACCUGGCCACUCGCCUCGUACAGACUGCCAGAAACUCCAGACUGGACCCAGACAGCCUGCGAAUGUAUCUGAAGGGCUUGAAGAAGCAGUAUGAGGCAGAGCUGCAGGCAGCAGGGCAGCCAAUGUCUACUGACACAGUGAAGGAAUGA